GUCAUCAAUAUAAAAUCAGAAACUCAUAAAUUCAAAAAGGACUGAAAUAACAGAUUAGAUCAAUUUAAGAAAGGAGCCCCAACUAAACAAAAUAAUGGAGGAGCUACUGGAGGAGUUUAUUCACACUCACUGCAGAGUUUCUCUACAGAACAACAGCUGCAUUCAAUAUUUCAAGAGUGUCAGGACCUGAUCAUUGUAAUAUUUCUGCUGUGUAACUGUUAGGAGAUCUGCUGAAAAAAAUGUUUAUUUUCUACUUUUUGUUCUCAUGGAGUCUGGCUGGUGUGUUUGGAGUUGAUUCAGUGAAGUCCGUGUCAGUGAUGGAGGGAGAAUCAGGAGGAGCUACUGGAGGAGUUUAUUCACACUCACUGCAGAGUUUCUCUACAGAACAACAGCUGCAUUCAAUAUUUCAAGAGUGUCAGGACCUGAUCAUUGUAAUAUUUCUGCUGUGUAACUGUUAGGAGAUCUGCUGAAAAAAAUGUUUAUUUUCUACUUUUUGUUCUCAUGGAGUCUGGCUGGUGUGUUUGGAGUUGAUUCAGUGAAGUCCGUGUCAGUGACGGAGGGAGAAUCAGUGAGUCUAAAUCUUACUGAAAUACAGAGAGACAAGGAGAUAACGUGGAAAUUUAACACCAUUAUGAUAGCUAAAACCUACGGGAAGGACAGUAAGAGCAGGUUUUAUGAAGGUAGUGCUGAUGGGAGAUUCAGAGACAGACUGAAGCUGGAUCAGACUGGAUCUCUGAUCAUCACAAACACCAGAACCACAGACUCUGGAGAAUAUACAGUAUUCAACAGAACAUCAGAGACUCCAUUCAACAUCUUCAGUCUCGCUGUCUACGCUAAUCUGCCUGUUACCGUCAUCAGCAGAGACUGUUCAUCCUCAUCAUCAUCUUCAUCACAGCAGAAUUGUUUACUGUUGUGUUCAGUGGUGAAUGUGAGUGAUGUGACUCUCUCCUGGUACAAAGGAAACAGUUUAUUGUCCAGCAUCAGUGAGUCUAAUAUCAGUAUCAGUCUCUCUCUACCUCUGGAGGUGGAAUAUCAGGAGAAAAACAACUACAGCUGUGUGAUCAACAAUCCCAUCAGAAACCAGACCACACAUCUCAACAUCACUCAACUCUGUCAACCAUGUUUAGGUUUGUCAGCGGCAUUACAUUUUUCUACAUAGUAUAUUAAUCAAAUGUCUUUGUUUUAUGACGGUAAUUUUUCCUCUUAUAAGAUUGUUUCCACUGUGGUUCUACUGAAGCUGUGAUCCGAUUGGCUGUCUCUGCUCUGGUGGGCGUGGCUGCUGUUGCUGUGCUGGUUUAUGACAUCAGAUCCAGAAGUCUUCAACAGAAGAGAGAACAGACUUCACCAUCAGACGAUUGAUCAGAUUCUCAGAAAAGUAGAGAUGAUUUUGAACCAAUGGAGAUAUUAUUUCACAAUCCUUUGGGUAAAAAUAAUUUAUGAGAAAAUAUGCUUUAAUUAAUUAUUCUUU